AUGGCUCCUCAGGACGAGCUUAUGCCAUUUCAAUGUCAUUUCUGCCCCAAGACAUUUGGGCGACAGGAACACUUGGCGCGGCAUGUCAGAGCCCAUACACGCGAGAAGCCAUACGGCUGCCGACAAUGCAACAAAUCUUUCACAAGACAAGACGUUUUACAAAGACAUCAGGCAACCCACAGCUUAGAAAAUUCGAAUGAGGAUAUCGAAGUCCGUGAUCGCGCCCAGGUUACAGAAGAAGUGAUGGAAGACACUUCUGUACUCAUGGAGAACAAUGCAACCGAGAAUGGUGGUGAACAUGGGUGGAUUGCUAAUCAGCAUCAACCUAUCCCGAUGACAUCUACUGGCGGUCUGAUGACCGCUACUUCACUGCCCGAAUCUAUGUUUCAGAUCAACGACCUAGGUGACUUUGCGGUUGAAAGAACCAUGACGGAACCGACUAUGGGAGCAUCCAGCAUCAACUGGCUGAGUGAUAGCCAGUAUCUUUCCAUGUGGGAGAGUCAGCUAUCGGCUGUUCCCGAUGGCCUUGGACCUGUGGGAUAUGCGUUUCCCUCUGGACUUGCUAGGCCCAACCCCAUCUCACCCUGGAUCUCAAAUCAGUACAACGACGUCAAUAGUGUUGAUAUGGCCAGGUCAGAUCUUGGACCAACCUACGCACCAAGCCCAAUGGCUGCUGAGAGCCCUCAUUACAGUCGAGCAGACAGCCUCCGCGGGUCCAGUGUGUCAAAGUCAACUGAUGGGACACUUUAUGUCGAAGGAACGAUGGCAAGAGCACCGUUUGGUGGUCAACUCUUAGGCCGAAACAUGAACCAACCCAAUGUAUCUCACGCAGCGGAGGCCGGAUCGAGUAACGGGGCCCCGGAUUCGCUCGAAGUGGACAGCCAAACAGACUCUUCUCACUAUGUAUCAAAUGAGCUUUACUCCGAGUUAGUCUCAGUUGCUCGUGGACACGCCGAAAUUGACAGCCAGGACCUGACUACUGCCACGAUCCCCCCAAUAGGGCAUAUCAGAUGCUUUGUGCGACUCUACUAUGAAAGGUUUCAUGUUAUAUAUCCUUUUAUACGAAAGAGCGCCUCAAUAUGGCAAGACUCUACUAAUUGGAUUCUGUUGCUGGCCGUGUCAGUUGUUGGUGCUAAGUAUCUGGGAGGCACAUGGUCACUAUCCUUAUCUAGGCUAUUGGAAGCAAUCUUGGACGACAGGCUUCAAUCGGUGUCUGAGAAAAGUAAUCAGGACAGUCAUGGUACUUGGAUUCCGGGUUCUUCCCAGUCACGAGUCCGGUUGGACUUUAUAACACUCCAAGCCUUUAUUAUCAGCAUGAUCGACAGGCUUCAUAGUGGCCAGAAGGUCGUAACGGAGCGUGCGCUGAGCCAAAUGUUUCUUCUUGUUGAACAAUGUAGAAGCCUGAAUCUACUGUCCCGGGUGCCGCCUAAAAUCAAUAACGAGACGACAUCUAGCAAUGGUGCAUCUAUCACAGAAUGGCUGCGAGCUCAAUCCGAGUUACGAACGGGAUUGAUGGUAUGGAUUCUUGACUCCAUCGUUGCAUACGAGUUCGACUGCCCACACCUCCUACAACUCCACGAAGUCAAGACCGCGCUUCCAUGUCAAGAAGGGAUUUGGGAUGAGCCGACAUGGGAGAGCAUCAACGGCAAUGGCUGUCGCCAAGCAACAGUACUGGAGGCACUCCAUCUUCUUUACAUGGAAAAACGACAACCAGAACGUUUGACUGAAUUCGGAAAUAUUGUAAUGAUUUACGCCGUUUGUCGCAGGACCCAAGAGGCCGCCUAUCAAUAUGAAACUGCAUUGUCCAGAUGGACUCCAGUUGCUCAUGUCGAACCCUGUUCAGAAUCAAUUACCGUGGCUGAAUCGUGGCCACCAAGUCUCGAGAUAAUGACACGGUGGAGAAAUAGUGCUUGCGAUAGCCUUGACAUGUUACACUGGAAAGCAAACGGUAAAGCUGCCAAUGCCGGGGGCUCAGAACACCCAACUAUUCUUCUUCUUCACCUCUCCAGGCUAUACCUCUUAGCGCCCUGCAAGUAUUUGCAAAGGGUAGCGACGUCAGCAGCGUGGAAUGAAACGACCCAUGUAGCAUAUGCUACUGUGGACUAUUCGGAAGCAUAUAACCACCUUUAUCGUUGGGCAAAUGUUGAUCAGUACAAGGCAAGGCUGUCUAUUGUCCAUGCCGGAGCCUUGAUAUGGCAUAUCCGGCGGUACAGUAGUAACAGCUUUAUAGAGCCUCAUGCCAUUUAUCUUGCUACUCUUCUGAUUCGGGAUCUCUACAAGAGACUAGGGCGUCAGGGCCAAGACAGGAUCUCACGAGCCAUGUUCCACAGGGUCCUGCUAAUGCAGGGAAUACACCGCAGUAUGAUGAAGAUGAGGAAGAAGAAGAACCGGAACCAACAUUUAUACAUCUGGAUCGGCCAUGUGAUGAUGAAAUGGUUCAAACUUACAUACGUCUUGGCCACAAGAUGA